AAAAAGAAGUGUUCUUUCUCCCGUGCGGUUAAAAAAAACUCCCUCUUUCUUCAACCUAAAACAUUAACAACAACAGCAACAAAAAUCCUAUAAAACAAGAGAAACCCUAAUUUGAACUGGGCGGUUUCUUUAAUUAAACCUUAGAGAAGAAAAAAAAAACAUGAUAAUUGAACUGAUCAGUUUUAGUAUAGGUGUUGAGAUGGCAUCAAUUUAGCGAAGAAAUUGAAGUCGUUUGGUGUAUAGAUACUUGAAUUGUGGAAGUGGAGCAAUGGAAGCUAAUGUAUGUGACAUCAAUCAAUUGGAUGCUGAUGUCCUUUUGCCUCCUCGAAAACGUCUGCUUGCUGGAUACAAGAAACAGAGUUCCGAUGGAGAUGCAGUUUUGCACCCUCCUGCAGUGGCUUCCUCAUCAUCUUCUGCUUCUCCUACAUCUCCAGCUCUUCCCUUACAAUCUCCAUCGCCUCCUUCAAGCGAAUUUCAAGCUCGUCUCAGCAACUUGCUGAGUUCGCAUUUUAGUAACAAUAAUUAUAAUCUUUCACCCGAGCAAAUUAUAGACGCCUCAAAAUCAGCAGCUAUUGCUGCUGUUAGGGCUGCAGAAGCUGCUAGAAUUGCAGCUCACGAGAAAGCUGCUAUUGCAGCAAAAGCUGUGGCAGCUGCUAAGAGUGCUUUAGCCAUGGUUGCGGCAUUUCCUGAAGAGGCGUCUAGGAAGGAAAGGUACUUGAAAAGGAAUAAGCUGAAGAAGCAUGUCCAGGUGCAGCUUUUGUACGAGAAACACCAACCUGUUAAGAACUGUAGGGAUGAUGAAGAAUUAGCUCGUAAAUUGCAUCGGGUUAUGAACAGCUCCCCACGAACUUCAAAAAAUUCUUCGAGUUCUGAAAUAAAGGGUCAUAAACAUUAGAAGCUUUAAAGCUCAACAGGGCAGCAUGGCUCGGAAAAUUCUUGCGUAUAAGCGACUUGUUGAUGGUAAGUUUUAUCAGUUCUCUUUUAUGAAUUUUGGAAAAUUUGUGCAUGGUUAGGACUUGGGAAGUGUUUAUAUAUAACUGUCUUUCUUAUUUGAUUCUUAAGUAGAAUUUUGAUAAACAGUAAUGAAUGAUGUGAGCAGCUCAUUUGAUGCAUAUUGAUGAUAUAACCUUGGCCACUUCAUUCAAUGUGCCUUUGUAACGGUAUCAAAAUUUACUAAUUAUUUCAGUAAUAUCCUACAAAUUGAAAUCUUCUGUUGACUAUCCUCUUUUCUUCAAUUGCUUUUAUCUGAACCUAUGUUGCAUGGAGACGCUUAAACGAGAAAUGCUGAAAUAGAAGUAGCGAAAUAAUAUUUAUACUACAAAAGAUAAAAAAUAUUAAAAAAUUGGAGUUUCGGAAUUGUUUCCGGAAACGGAAUAUAAAACACCCAAAUGUAGGAUUCAAUAAGUUUCCGUGCAACAUAGGUCUGAACAGCUAGACUAGAAGUGAUAUUAUGGGCUAAUACUCUAUUUAGCUAUUUCACAGUAGAAAAUUUGAAUGCAGCUUGGCACUGAUUGAAGAAACACACAGACUGUUAUACUGAAAAAUGAAAACUUAUGGACAUUCAACUAGCUGCAGGAUUAGAAGCUCCUCGUAAUAACUUGGAGCUGCAAGUUGAAACUUCUCAGAGCAAGGGAUGAAGUGGUCUGUGAUUCUGAUUUGGAGGAUGUUCAUCCAUAUGUGUGGGGAUUAUUGUAAAUGUUAGUUACGAUAAUUUUCGUGUGCCGUCUUUGUUUGUCACAUCUUAGCUACAAAUUCUCAUCAAUUUUUCAGGCUGAAGAAGACUGGCCUGGAAAGAAGUGUUCUCUUGUUGAGGCUUCAAUCUUCGAGCAUUGUGGACAGGUCGAUGGGUGUACUAUAUAUAUGUUACCAUGAAAAUCUAAUUAUCUUGCGAGAACAUAGGAUUGGCAGGUAGGAUUUCAGAUGUAACUUGUAAUUAAUUGGAUUAAAUACCUGACAGAAAGAUUCAGGAACACAAGAAAAUAAAUAAAAAGACAGUUUUACAAUGUUGUUGAUUUCA